UUCGAGCCAAAAAGCAAAUAAAGACUUGGUUGAAUGAGUUACAGUUCGAAGCAUUCAGCUAUGGCGAAGAGACCACAUGUGAGAGCUUCUCUGAUCUUCCUCAUCCUCAUCUUGCUUACAGCUUUUGGAGUGAUUGUUCCAGUGUUUGCUCUUCUUCCUUCACUGAAUUCCCACUCCCACCGUCUCUUCCGCCAUCACCUAGAUCAUUCCGAGCUCAAGAAGGUUCAUACUAGAAAAUUUGAGAUUGACGAUGACAUGUUUUGGAAAGAUGGCAAGCCAUUCCAGAUUAUUGGUGGCGACAUACAUUAUUUCCGAACUCUUCCUGAGUACUGGGAAGAUAGACUGCUUAGAGCAAAGGCAUUGGGCUUAAACACGAUCCAAACUUACAUCCCCUGGAAUCUGCAUGAGCCACAACCGGGAAAUUUCACGUUUAGUGGGAUUGCAGACAUAGUGUCGUUUAUCCAACUCUGUCAGAAGCUAGAUUUUCUAGUUUUGCUCCGGGCAGGGCCUUAUAUAUGUGCAGAGUGGGAUUUAGGGGGUUUUCCAGCUUGGUUGCUUACCAGAAAGCCAGCUCCUACACUAAGAUCCUCAGAUCCUGGCUACCUCCAAUGGGUUGAAAGAUGGUGGGGGGUUAUUCUUCCGAAGGUAGCUCCUCUUCUUUACAACAAUGGAGGCCCUAUUAUAAUGGUCCAGAUUGAAAAUGAAUUUGGCUCAUAUGGAGAUGAUCAAGCUUACCUUCACCAUUUGGUUAAGUUGGCGAGAGGCCAUCUUGGGAAUGAAGUAAUACUGUAUACUACAGAUGGAGGUUCUAGGGAAACUCUUGAGAAAGGAACCAUUCGUGGGGAUGCUGUCUUUUCAGCUGUUGACUUUUCUACUGGUGAAAGGCCUUGGCCUAUUUUUAAUUUACAGAAGGAGUUCAACGCCCCUGGAAAAUCUCCACCUCUUUCUGCAGAGUUCUAUACUGGCUGGCUUACACAUUGGGGAGAAAAUAUUGCAACAACUGAUGCCGACUCUACAGCAGCUGCGUUGAGAGAAAUUUUGGCUGGGCAAGGGUCUGCCGUGCUUUAUAUGGCUCAUGGUGGAACAAAUUUUGGAUUUUAUAAUGGAGCAAAUACAGGUGAUAGUGCGUUGGAUUACAAGCCUGAUCUUACUUCUUAUGAUUAUGAUGCCCCAAUUAAGGAAUCUGGCGACAUUGACAAUGCUAAAUAUGAUGCGAUUCGAAGAGUUAUACAGCGCUAUAGUGGAGCAUUGCUUCCAUCAGCUCCUUCUAAUAUUGAAAAGAUAGGUUAUGGACCGAUUUACUUGCAGAAAAGUGCAUUUUUUUUUGAUCUGAUCCAUAUGAUAGAUUCUGUUGAUGUGUUUAUAUCUGAAGAACCACUGUCAAUGGAAUCUGUGGAUCAGAGCUUUGGAUUUUUAUUAUAUGCGACCAAGUAUGUGGCCAAGGACAAUGAAGAUGGACACGUUUUAUUUAUACCCAAGGUGCAUGAUCGAGCACAAGUGUUCCUUUCUUGCUCUUCUACAAACAAGGGUGUGCGGCCAGCUUCUGUUGGCAUUAUUGAGAGGUGGUCAAACCGGCGACUUAACCUGCCAAAUACGAGAUGUGACUCAAAUAACUUAUAUAUUUUGGUUGAAAACAUGGGUCGCAUAAACUAUGGACGCUACUUGUUUGACAAGAAGGGUAUCUUAUCAUCCGUUUAUUUGGACGACAAUAUUUUAUAUGGAUGGAAAAUGAUCCCAAUCCCUUUCAACAACCUCAAUGAGAUUCCGAGAGUCGAUUCUUUCUCUCAUAUUGCUCGUUCUGUACACAACAAAAUCACAGCAAAGAGAGGUUUAGAAGUCAAGCAUGAUAACAUCUCGAGCGAACCAACACUUUACACCGGUUAUUUCUACGUUGACAAAGUGAACCUCAGAAAAGAUACAUUCUUAUCAUUUGCUGGCUGGACUAAAGGGAUUGCAUUAGUGAAUGACUUUAAUCUCGGAAGAUUUUGGCCGGUUGUAGGGCCACAAUGCAGCCUAUAUGUUCCUGCUCCGAUUCUUCGCGUUGGGAAGAAUGUACUGGUGAUUGUUGAGUUAGAAUCUCCAAAUGGCGAGGGUGUUGUACAUUCUGUUGAUCGGCCAGACUUCUCCUGUGGGGAUUCUUCCAACUCCAAUUUAUCUCAGCUUUUAACCCACCAACACUCUCCUCACCUUCGAACUUCACAGCAAAGGCAUAGCCUUAAAAGCAGCCUUGAAAACUGAGGGACAUAUGUAUUUACAUGAAUAAUUUUUCUACAAUUGGGAUUGUAUCAAUUUUUUUUUUAAGACUGUUCUUGAAUAUUAUUUGGAAAGGAAAAAAACAAAAAAAAUUGUAAGAGUUUAUUUGAGCAAGAAUUUUCGAUUUUGGA